GUCACAGUAGAAAUGUGAUCACAGUCUAAAGAUUCUGAUUAGUUCUGGCACAGAGCACAGCCCUGUAACAGCAAUGAUGAAAUGCUUCUCCCUGGCUUUGCUUGUUAGCCUUUCACUUAUCAAGGAUUCAGCAGCAGCAGAAGGUGAUUGGUGCUAUGAAAUCCAGGGACAUCAAACUCUAGGCUGUGGACCCAGGUUUUGGGGCGAACAUUAUCCCACCUGUGCAAAAAAUCACCAGUCACCAAUAAAUGUUCUCACUAAAAAAGCAGUUUUUGAUAAAGCACUCAAACCGUUUCACUUUAAAGGCUAUAAUAUUACUGGGCGGCACCUGAACAUUACAAAUAAUGGCCAUUCUGCCCAAGUAGACCUUCCCACUGGUAUUGAAAUUUCAGGAGGUGGACUUUCAGAAACUUACAUCGCAGCACAGUUUCAUUUCCACUGGGGCAGUGAUGAAUUUUAUGGAUCUGAACAUACUGUAGACGGUGAAAAAUAUCCAAUGGAGCUUCACAUAGUUCACAAAAGAAAAACUAGCACUGGAGGCUUUGGGGAUCUGGCUGUUCUUGGAUUCUUUUAUGAAGAAACUGCGAAAAAUAAUACAGAAUAUAACUCACUAAUUGAAUCCUUAGGACACAUCUCUACUAAAGAUGGAUAUAAAAAUUUCUCAGCGACCCUUGAUAAACUGAUUCCAAUCAAUGAACUCAAGGUUUACUACAGGUACAAUGGGUCGCUCACCACCCCGCCAUGCAACGAGACAGUCAUUUGGACUCUGUUUAAUACAACCAUUAAACUGAGCAAGCUACAGCUUCAGGCUUUCCAUAAUAGCCUAAAUUUUACAGAGAAGCAACGAAUGGUGGAAAAUUUCAGGCCUGUGCAGAAACGGAGCGAUAGGAUUGUUUAUACCUCAAGCAGCCAAGUGAUACUGUCCUCUUUCCAGUCUUUGUUAAUCUGCUUUAUAGUUUCUUUCCUCACAAUAAUGUCAUAGCCAACAAUUUGAACUUACUGCCCAUAAACUAAAUAUUUCUGUUGGAUUUCACACAAGCAUCUUAUAUUAUUUAACCCCUUGGUAUAAAGAUGGUUUACAAAAGCUUUUUGGUGUUCUUCAUAGAAUUUUACUGCAACAAUGAAACUAUUCCUAUGUCUGAAUCAUAUAGGAAGUGAUCCUUAAUUACAAUACAAGUUCAUUUUAACAUUCUAAUUUAUUUAGUCAUUUACAAAAGAUGAAAAAAAUGUUGACAUAUGAUAUCAUUUACAUUUACUGUAAUUUAAAAUGGUAAAAAUGCCUUACAUUUUACUUUUUUUUUUUUUUAAAAAUGACAUUAUUUGCAGAAAAUUUGUAUCAUGUAGAAUAUAGAUUGCUAUCAAAACACUAAUAUUACUAAAAUUACUAAAAUUGGACCUCCUUGUGCUGGCUCCUUAAGUGACAGCAGGGCAGGGUGUAAAGUGUUAUUAGCAGUGCAGGUAGCCAUGGGUUUUAUUUGCAAGUGCACCCUGCCAAGUACAGUAACGUAACCAGCCCUGCCUGGGCCUGGGUGCAGGAUGUCCACCUCACUCUGUACACACAUAUCAUCCUGUGCAUGUUGGAAAAACAACUCACCGGGGGAGCAGGGGGUACGGGCCUAGGUGCAAUUGCACUCCCUGCUCCCCUGGGAGUUACACCACUGGCACAGCCUGUUACUGUGGGCACAGGUGCUUGAGCUUCUCACAUACAGUACUACAGUAAUACAGUGCUGCCUGCAGUUUUUAGAGCUGUAUUCAUGUAGAGUGGAGCCAUGAAUGUGUUCCCUCUCCUAUACCCUACUUGCUACCUGGCACAGGGUGAAAAUGAUCCCUGUACUUACGCAAGGAGAGAGCUACAUGGGUGCCGUGCUCUACAUCUCACAUCAAUUCUGCUGAGCAGGUGCCGCAAAAACCCUGACAAAAGUGCAUUCUGAAUGAACCCCUUUCUGCUCUAACACUCUAGUCCUGGGUUCUUCUUAAAUGAUCAAUUUGUCCUUAAAUAGAUCUCUUCUUAGAAGUCACUAGAGGCCAGCAACCUCAGUUCUCCCAGAUGUAUUAUCAGUGCAAAAUUGCUGUGUAAUGUUUGUUUUAACCUAAAUAAACUAUUAUGAUAAAAAUAGAUGCAGUCACAGAUCUGUUUCAGAAAAAAAACCCUCCCACAUAGAAGUUUAUAUGAAAUCUGAAUAAAUACUAUCUAGUUUAGAUUUGUAAUAUUUGAAAUUAAAUUUUUUUUGUUUCAAUUAUUAGUAGCCUUGAGGCCUACUCUGCUUCCUAAAGCCAGCAUCAUACUCACAGCAUUCAUGUCUAUUAACCUAAUAAUACAUGAGUUGUGUCAUGGUAACACGCUCAAAUAAAAUGAUGGUUGUGUUACAGAUUAGUGCCAACAGGCAAAACAAUUGUGGCACUAGAUUUAUGAAUGUUGUUAUGGAGCCCGCCAAAACAUUUACUCUACCUGUGCAUUUCUCAUUGUUUAUUGGAAAUAUGAUUACUGCAGUUAGACAUAUUAAAAUUAGUAUACGUCAUUCACACCUUGCAAACCUUACAAGUCAUGCAGAGAAUUCUGCAUUGUUCUACUACAGCAAUUUAUUUUUGUGUGUGUUGUUGGGAAGGCUUUUUUUCCCCUGAACACUUUGCAAAGGGGCAUAUUAUAAAAGCAUAUAAAUAAGCAGCAUAGAAAUACAAUAUUCUGAGCCACUAGCUCUCUCCAUUUAAGCUCAAGAGAAGGGACUGUGAAGCCACAAGUAAAAUAAUAGUGCAAAAAGCCACUCACUGUUGCCAUGUAUUUUCCAUCCAACACAAUCUUACUAAUAACCAGGCAUUUGUAAUGUAGGGUUUAAAUGAAAAGUGUACCAGAUACAGUAUAACAAAGUACAACAUACUGCUUUAUCUGUUGUUAAAAUUAACUUGUGGAUUUCAUUAUGAUAUACAUUUAAAUAAGUAUUUCAAGAACAAAAAAUUGCACUCUAUUCUGUAAUACUAAAAUCGUGCUAUGUUUCUGUUAAUGAAUUUUAGUGUAAAAGUGAGUAGGUCGUUAAUUAAAACUCUUUCAACAUGUUGUAGAACAUGUUAGGCAGUAUUUAGGAAAUAGUAAGGUAACCAUAUAGAACCUGAGAGCCAGGAAUAGAGAAUGAAUAACCUCAACUGCAACUUUGUUUUCAUAGAACAAUAAAAAUAAAAGCUACAAGAGUUGAUUUCUAACUAUAGCCAGAGAGGAUAUCAUAUUUGUAGCAUAAUUAAAAUUGGAUAUCACAGUUUAUUAUGGAAGGAACUUUAAUAUUCAUUCGUUGAACUUCUUGCCUUGGUGUUUUGCCACUCCUUAAGAAUAUAUAAAAUUAGGCUUAUAUCUGUUUUAUGCACUGUGCCCUUCCUUCAGUAAAUUACUCCCAACAUGUAUUUGUAUAGAGGAACAGGCCUCUGUUAGAGUACUGAUAAAUUUAUUGUAUUAUUCCAUGCAAAGCAACACUCCCUGUAGUAGAUUAGCACUUAAAGCCCACACAUAUAUAAAAGUAUAUAUAUUUUCAAUGAGUCUAUAAACUCUCAAAAAAAACCUCAAAUUGAUAAAAUCACUUACAUUUUGCCCUCAGAUAUUGCUCCCAUUUACUUCCACACAAACUUGCAAGAUUUAAGCUGGUGAGGUUUUUCAUUUGAGUAUUUCACAUUUUUUGCAUUAAAUAAAUAUCGAACAUUCAAGUUUUGGUCAAUGCUGCAUGAAAUGUGUAACCUUUAAGCUUCUACAGUAAAUAACAUAGCCAGACACGUAUCCAGGGCUUAAUACAGCUGCACUCUCACAACCUGCAGACAUAACCAUAUUAGCCUGAGUUUUUCCUUCCUAUGUCACAUUUCUGCAGCAUCUGCUUUUGAUUUAUAGUAGAUCUUACUUACCGUAAUUUGGGCUCUCUUCUCACUGCCAUUGUACUGAUGUUAAAAUACCUAUUAGUGCCUUGUCCUGUUGUAUAUUUAUACAAUAAAAUGUUUUGCUAUGAUAUUGAUAUCUAAAUAGCUACCUCUGUUGCAUUACCUCGUUUGUUACAGAUGUAUAACAAUAAAAGUGACAGUUUUUUGCAGUUGUCUGGCACAUAUUAAACACUGAACUACAUUUUAAAUAAAAGUGAUGAGAGUGUCAUCCUGUGCACGUUUACCAUUUAUUUUUAUUUUCUCUUUUUGUUUAUUAGAUGUUGGCAGUUUUACUCUGCUUAUAGCCUGCUUUUGGUACAGCUAUUUGAUCGCUGCUGCAGUGACUGGCCACAACCAAAGGAUUAAACUAUGGAUUUUAUCAGCCACAGUUUUCUUUUUCUCUCUUUUUGAUGUUAUCAAAAUGAAAGCCUGAGAAAACUGUACAGAAUAGCAUACAGAGACACUAUCUAUAUUUAACCUUCUUGCUGGUACAAUCAAAAGUAGUAUCAUAGCACUUCAACACUGCUACCAUCUAAAAAACAAAAUAGAGGGGAAAUGAAUGUAAAUUGCAAUUGCCUCUUAGAAAUAUUACAUUUGGGGGGUGGGUCCCCCUUUAAACUUGCAAACUGGCUGAAUGAACUAUAAUAACUUACAGGUAAUCUUAAAUCUUAAUCAAUACUAUUUUAUUUUGUUUUAAAAAAAUCAAGCCAAUAAACUUUUCUUAAAACA